AUGGAUGCCUUCAACCCCUCCGAUUUCACACUACCCCCCUUCCUCGACCCCGUUCUCGACUUCCUCGCCGACCACCUCCCACCACCGCUCUAUGACUUUCUGUUCCUCCUACUCUCCCAUAUCCUCGCCUUAUGUACAGCCCUCAUCUCUCUCAUACUCAACCUCGUGCGCGCCAGGCCUUGGGAAUGGGAUGCCGAAACAGUUCUGCCACCACUCAUCAUGGUCCUUGCGUCUUAUCUCGCGCUCCUCAGCUUCUACCGCACAACAUCAUGGAUGAUCAGGACAGGGGUCUGGUUUGUCAAGUGGGGGACGAUAAUUGGGGCUCUGGCAGCAGGUGCGGGGUAUUUCAUGGGUACGCAAGGUGAGGGAGGGCAAGGCGUAGGAUGGGGUGGCGCGGGUGGCGGAGGUGGCAUACUGGGUAUGAUGACGGGCUUCGUACUCGACAUGAUGAACGGACAAGGCCAGAACGCUGCUGGCAAUUCGAGAUCGACGUCCUCACGCUCGCGUUCAAGAACACAGCAACGUGGCACUCGUCCGAAAGCUUGGGAGUCCUUUGAUCGUCAUCGCGAUUGGCAAUACUCAGAAGGAGCCGAUGGGAAGGACAAGAAGGACGUGAGUGAAGAGCUGAGAAAGGCUGUGGAUGGUUUUGCGGAGACGCUAGGUGCAGGGACUUGGUGGGAGAUGGCGAAGGGAUACGUGAAUAACAUGGGUCGUGAAGAGAGCGAGGGAAGUUCGAGGACGGGGACGAGGAAGCAGCCUUCAAGAAAGGCGAAGUCGAAGGCUCAAGGCAGUUCGGGCUCGAGGUAA